AUGGCAGUCAGUGCGUUUGCAGCCCGCAAAGCUGCUCGACGACCCAUUGGACAGGCGACGAGCCAGAACGAGGUGCAGACAUCGCUGGUGAUCGAGACAUACAUCGAUCCGCUUGAAGGAUCUAAGCCACCAAAGAAGAAGCAGAAACGGGGGAAUGAGCCCAGGAAUAGAAGCCCGCGACAACCGCAGCAAACAGAUGGCUUGGUCAACGUGUGGGAUGGAUCCCUUGAGGAUGGCGCGAAGGCUAUCGAGAGUCAUAGUGAAAGCGACUCAGGAUCUGUCAAUGAGCCAGAGACUCUCGCACAGUCAAUGGCUCCAGUUCAGAGGCUCUCGAUAUUCGACCCGUCAAGAAGCAAGGUUCUGAGCGAAACAGAAACCGAAUGGACGGUCAGACUCCAUCCGAAUGACAAUCUAGCAAUACUGGGCCAGUACGAUAUAUGGGUUCGAUCCGGCGCAAUUCGCAUUCUUGGGGCUGUCAUCCAUGCCAGCUCUCGUUUACACCGGGUAUAUGCCCCAUCAACCCAUUCGAUACCGCCAAUUCGGCCCGUACCAAAUCCUUUCGGUACGGGAAAUGCACCUGUCGAGCUUACCAUCAUCUCGUGCGGAAGCCGCAUGAGGAUGCUCAGGCAGAUAGCGCCCAAAUUUGGACGUAUCUGGAAUGGAAAACAGCACUCCAAGUCACCAUUUGCUUUUUCGAGGCGUUCUUUCGUGAAUAUCCAAUCCACGGCAGAUGACCCACAUCGUCGCCCACUGCGUUUAUUGGAAAUCCCAUCCGACUGGCAACGAACGGUGUCCAGACUACAAUCUGUCAAAACCGAACGACCCCUAGCCAUCAUGGUUUGCGGUCCAAAGGCCGCUGGGAAAUCUACGUUUUGCCGCAUACUAGCCAAUGCAUUACUUCAAGAAGCGCCUCCCAUGGGGGAUAAGAACGUGACAGACAACGAAUGCGCCGCCUUUUUAGACCUUGACCCAGGUCAGCCAGAAUACUCACCGCCUGGUAAUCUCUCCUUGCUCCGGCUAAAAUCCUGGAACCUUGGACCUCCUUUCACCCAUCCGACAUCUGGGCUUAAUCAACUUUUCAGAGCACACCAUUUUGGUCAUUUUUCUCCAAAAGAGGAUCCAAAACACUACUACCGAUGCGCAUUGGACCUUUUCGACCAUUAUCGACAGAUGGCAAGAGACUACAGAUCAUGUCCGCUGAUAAUCAACAGCGCGGGCUGGAUUCAAGGCAAUGGGCUGGAGCUGUUGUCUGAGCUGAUCCAUGGUAUGGACCUCACGGAUGUCAUUUAUAUGAGCACAUCAGGGCCUGAGGAGGUAGUCGACACGUUGACCAAGGCGACAAAGAGGGCGAACAAUGUGGCACUUCAUCAAUUGAGCUCGCAAUCCUCAGACUUUACGACUAGACCAGCGGCAGAUUUCCGGAUGAUGCAGACACUCUCGUAUUUUCAUAUGAGCGAACCAGAAGGGAAGGACCACGAAAUGCGCUGGAACCCAUGGCCUCUUACCGGUGUGGCGCCUCUGGUCAUACAUUACGCAGGCCCAAAACAAGCAAUUCAGGCGGUUACAAUUCUUGGGGAUGCACUAAGCACCGAGUUCCUUGACACGUUUCUCAACAGUAUUCUGGAUGGAUGUGUGGUUGGUGUAGUAGCUGUUGACCAGAGUGUUGGGGAAAUUAGCCGAGGAGAGGACAGCGCUUGGAGCGUCGAACAGGAUGAAAAUAUGCCAGAUCAAGGCGCAGAUACCCCAAACCAUGCGUCAGUACUGCGGACUGCUACCGAGAUACCCUACCUUCCCUCGUCCAAUCACACCAACUCUCUUCUGUCCCCGGACCGGUCUUUUUCCCUUGGUCAAGCGCUCGUUAGAGGUAUCGACCCCAAUCACAAGACAAUUCAUUUACUCACGCCCAUUCCCUCCAGCACUCUACAGACCCGGUCCCCUAAUAUUGUACUUGUCAGAGGCUCUCUAGACACACCUACGUGGGCCUACAGGGAAGGGUAUGAGUUGGAAAGAGCAAAGCGAAGGGUACGAGAGGGCAAGCUGGACAGCAACGAAGGCUUUGAUGGAGAAGAAGAGCGGAGCUGGGCGGAGGGGCAGCCUUGGGCUAGCAUUGUCGAUGGGGGUAGACGGAGCAGUGGGAGAAUCAGGAGAAUUAGAAGAGAUAUCAGAUAUCGACCAGUAGGGGAAGCAUCUGAAUGA